GCGCGGGACCUCGCAGCGGUUGUCUGGAGACCGCGCAGCUUCUGGCAGCGCCGCGGACGCGUUUGGUUGCGGGGCGCGGCGGGCUGCGCUCACCCGAGCCAUGGCGCCCAAACGGAAAGGGAAGAAAGGGAAGGCCAGAGGCACCCCGACUGUUGACGGGCUUGCUCCGGAGGACAUGAGCAAGGAGCAGGUGGAGGAGCACGUGGGCCGCAUCCGGGAGGAGCUGGACCGAGAGCGGGAGGAACGCAACUACUUCCAGCUGGAGCGGGACAAGAUCCACACUUUCUGGGAGAUCACGCGGCGGCAGCUGGAGGAGAAGAAGGCUGAGCUGCGGAACAAAGACCGGGAGAUGGAGGAGGCUGAGGAGAGGCACCAGGUGGAGAUCAAGGUCUAUAAGCAGAAGGUGAAGCACCUGCUGUACGAGCAUCAGAACAGCCUGACGGAGAUGAAGGCUGAGGGCACUGUGGUGAUGAAACUGGCCCAGAAGGAGCACCGCACGCAGGAGGGGGCCCUGCGCCGGGACAUGCGGGCGCUGAAGGUGGAGCUGAAGGAGCAGGAGCUGGCCAACGAGGUGGCGGUGAAGAACCUGCGGCUGAAACACACCGAGGAAAUCACCAAGAUGCGGAAUGACUUUGAGAGGCAGGUGAGAGAAAUCGAGGCCAAGUACGACAAGAAGAUGAAGAUGCUUCGGGACGAGCUUGACCUGCGCAGGAAGACGGAGGUCCACGAGGUGGAGGAGCGGAAGAACAGCCAGAUCAGCGCGCUGAUGCAGCGGCACGAGGAGGCCUUCACGGACAUCAAGAACUACUACAACGACGUCACCCUCAACAACCUGGCGCUCAUCAACUCCCUCAAGGAGCAGAUGGAGGACAUGCGGAAGAGGGGCGAGGUCCUGGAGAAGGAGAUGGCGGAGGUGUCCAUGCAGAACCGGCGCCUGGUGGACCCGCUGCAGAAGGCGCGAGACGAGAUGAGCGACAUGCGCAAGAAGCUCAGCGGCUACGAGAGGGACAAGCACAUCCUGCUGGGCGCGAAGGCGCGUCUGAAAGUUGCCGAGAAGGAGCUGAAAAGUCUGCAGUGGGAGCACGAGGUGCUGGAGCAGCGUUUCAUCAAGGUGCAGCAGGAGCGGGAUGAGCUGUACCGGAAGUUCACCGCCGCCAUCCUGGAGGUGCAGCAGAAGACAGGCUUCAAAAACCUUGUCUUGGAGCGCAAGGUGCAGGCGCUGAGUGCUGCCGUGGAGCAGAAGGAGGUGCAGUUCAGUGAGGUGCUGGCAGCCUCCAACCUGGACCCCUCGGCUCUGACCCUCGUGUCCCGCAAGCUGGAGGACGUCCUGGAGGCGAAGAACAGCACCAUCCAGGACUUACAGUACGAGCUGGCGCGCGUCUGCAAGGUGCCGAGCCCCACCUUCCCUCAGGGCCUCCCUCACCCAGGACCCCCGGCCUUUACCUCUCGUGCCUGCCAGGGUCACUCAGCCUGUGUGUGGGCUGGCGCACAUCCCCUGAGAUCCAGCUGCUGUCCUGGCUUCCUUGACAGGGCCUGCCCAGGGCACGUCUGGUGUCUUGUCCAGCAGGCUCGGUCCCCGUCCCCGUCUGACCCUCGCUCUGGCACCACAAUGCCUGCCUGGCCCCUGGGGCUGUUGGGGGAUCUGCUCUGCUCCCCCAGAUUAACGUCCGUGUCCUCCAAGCAGAGGCAGUUACGGCUCCGACCGUUCCUGACUCCUUUGUAAGUCUCUGCUGAAAGCCACACUCGGGCCUCCUGCAGUUGGGGAGGGCAGUGCCUACUGUGUGCCGCGCACCCUAGCAGCCUGGGCCCUGUGCACAGCGUCCCCACCUCCGCACAGCGUCCCCACCUCCGCGGCUGAGCCCACGGAUCUGUCAGGGUUUCAUCUGUGCGAAUCAGACACAGCACUGCCUGUGGGCACCCCUCAGGUGUGACUCUGGCAUGACCCUGGGCCAUGGAGCCCCAGGAUAAAGUCAGUGUCCAUCACAGGCCCUGGACUCUGGGGUGACCAAACACCCUAGGCCCCCUUUGCCCAUCAGGACCUCCUCUAGAUGCUCUGGAAACACUUGACACUUAGGUGCAGGGAAUUAGGGCUACGUACUGGUGCGUGCAGUUCCUGGGGGUUUUCAUAGCCUGUGUGUGACUCUCAGGAGGGCUGAACCGCGGAGAAGGGGGAGGACCAGGGCCCACCCCUUGAGUUCAUGCUGGAGCCUGGCCCUAGUUCACCCUGUGCCCUCAGCCCCAGACCCUGGCAGCGUGUUGUGGCGAGGACAAACAGCUAGGCUCUGAGCAUCUGACAUGCAUCAGCUCCUCACACUCUUACAGCCAUCUGAUGAAAUUUGCUCUUUUAAAAACAUGCAUUUUCCAGAAGAGGGGAGAGGAACCCUGCCUGUGUCGGCCCUGCCAGCGCCAUUGCUCAGAUGUCCACUUUUCUGGGCUGGGAGUAGGGAAUAGAUGCUGCUGGACAAGGAGGGAGACGUGCCCACAGGGAGCCAGGAGCUGCACCCAGGCACCUGCUCUUCCGUUUCCCAUCGUGGGUCACCUGGGGUCACACAUGCGGGGUGGUUGGGUGGCCGCCCCAUUAACGGCCUUCGACACUGGCCAGGACGAAAGCCCCGGUUACCUUCUAGCCGGGCUGGGACAUGUCUUGCAUGGUUGUCACACCUGCUCACCUGGCCUCACUUCUGGGGAACUGAAACUCGGUCACGCAGGAUCACCGGCCAGACCACUUGGCUCCCUCCUCAGGGAGGGAGGCCUUUCUUUGGUCUGGUCCUGAGGACUCCAGACAUCGCAGGUCGUCCUGCUUGUAAUGACCACGUCCCCCCCCAGUGCCACUAACCGCCAAGCAGAGGAUCUCCUUGGUACUGGAACGUUGAAAAGCCAGGGAAUGCCCAGCGUAAAAAAGGUGGACCUGAAGUCUCGAACUGUGAAUCUCAGAUCCAGGAAAACAAAACCAGAAAACCCAGACGGGAUCAGGAAAAGCUGAAGAGAACACAGGCAGUAGCUGAGAGCAGCACUAACACCUUACAUUUCGAUCACAUCUCUCAGGCUAAGAGUUUGAUCAGAAGGGGGAAAUGGUUAAAAAGAAACCGCAUGCUUGGAUUUCCGCCUGUGGCUCAGUGGGUUAAGAGUCCAACUAGUAUCCCCGAGGAUGCAGGUUUGAUCCCUGGCCUCGCUCAGUGGGUUAAGGAUCCGGUGUUGCCGUUGCAGAUGUGGCUUGGAUCUGGUGUUGACCCCUAGCCCAGGAACCUCCAGACACCCCAGAUGCUCCCCUUAGGCUAAGACUUCAUGCCUAAUCUAACUGAAGUUUCAGCCCCUCCCAGGAAUGGAAGUUUAAAUCCUUCAGUGUGGAGCUUUCUGGUCAGCACUAGGGAGUAAUCCGCCCUAAGGGAAGACCCCCUGCCUCCCCCUAAGGGAAGGUCACCUGGCCUGAAGUAGUCCAGCCUUUUAAUGUCCUUGUCCCGCCCUCCCUUAAGGCAGGCGGGACAUAAACGAGCGCUCACACUUGACUCAGUGGGACGGGGUGGUGCCAAGCCAGGAAUCCCUGAGCAAAGCUUCAGAUCUGCCAGUUUACACAAGCGGGCUCAUGUGGGGGCUGGGGCUGGUGUAAGGAGCUGCUGGGAAAGGCUGGCCACAUUCCCGCCCCUCUACAGGGCUGGGUGGGUCUGAGCAAGUCGGCCUCUCACUGACCGCCGUGUCCCCACAGGCCCACAACGACCUGCUGCGUACCUACGAGGCGAAGCUGCUGGCCUUCGGGGUCCCCCUGGACAAUGUGGGCUUCAAGCCCCUGGAGACGGCGGUGGUUGGACAGACGCUGGGCCAAGGCCCCGCGGGACUGGUGGGCACUCCGACGUAGCCCCUGCCUGGGCCCCCCCCGGAUGCCUCCCCCACACACCAAGGAUAGCAGGUAUUUGCUGUGUAGACGCGCGCCAGCUAAUGAAGGUGUUCAUGUGUGCUGCGUGUCCUGUCACGUGUGCUGCGUGGAGAGGCACCGCCAGGGCCCACGGCGCCGUGUCGACCUUCCCCCGAGCCCACCUGGUCUGUGAACUCACCCGCGCCCCUCACCCCACGGGGCCCGGGGGGCAGACCAGCCGAGCCUGCCUAGUGACUGCAGCCACCUCGAAGAUGCCAGCUUCGACUUUAUUGAAAUCGGGGGCCAGAACGUCCCCCAGAAGUGUGACCCGCUGCCCCAUGAGGCCACAGCCCACACAGGAGGGUGCGGGGUCCAGGCUCGCGCGCGUAGGCCCGCUGGCAGCCACCUGCUAGCUCCCUCGGUACGUGGUGUAGGACCACGGGCUCAGCAGCAGAGGCACGUGGAACUUGUGGGUCUCGUUCGUGAUGGUGAAAACAACCUGAGAGCAGAGGAGGCACCAGGAGAGCCAGGGGCCGGGACGCCGCAGCAGCAGCAGCAGCCUGGCCCCUGUGCAGACGCAGGCCUGGGGCUGGAGCCAGACCCUCCCCAGUCAGGCAAAGGGAGACACCUGUCCCCAGGGACUGAGUGUGUGGGGGUAAAGGCCGGGCAGCCCUUUCUUCUGGGGGCUCAAGGCAGGGGGGAGGGGCAGGGCCUGCCUGAGGGUCACAGGGGGACCCCACCUCCCUCACCUCCACAUACGGGUAGAAGCUCUCCUGGCCUCUCGUCUUCCAGUAGCCCUCGGUGUCGAAGGACAGCUUGUAGGUGCCCGCCCUCACCCGGCCUGGCGGUAGGAGGCCGGGGCAGCGGCCGUCGGGGUCUGUAGAGCUGGGGAGAGGGCGGAAAGGGGGUUCAGAGGGCCGGGCGAGCCCCCCGCGGAGGUCGCUCCAGUCUCGUGCCUAGUGGCCUCCGAUGUCCCGGCAGCCUGACUGGACUUGGGUGGGCAGGGCCGGGAGGCUCCACAGCAGCACAGCCUCUGGGGCCCGGGCUUCUGCAGCAGCCCAGGGACGCCUCUGCACGGUCGUUCUAGCAAAUCACGGAGACGGAAGGGGAAAAAGUGUCCCGCGGAUACCCGUGAGCAACCCUUGUUUGUAUCUGGCCUGUGUAUGUUUCAGAUUUUCUCCAUGCAGAGAUGUGCUUGUUUACAAACCUAAAAAAGGGUUAUGCUGCCCAUUCUGCCUCAGAACCUGUGCUGUUCUGUUCACGUGAUCCCUCACGGGCAGCUUUCUGGGUCCGUGUGUAGCUGCCCACUCGGCCAUUGCCAGUGGCCUGUCUCUAGCCGCGCCAGGGCCCGGCUCUGAGGGUCUCGCUCAUGGAGGAGCCCCAGACGCUGCCCGCUGUGCUUGCAGGUGUCUGUUUUCAUCAGAAAGGGUAGCAUUUCUGGAGUUCCCUGGUGGCGCAGUAGGUGUCACCGCUGUAGCUUGGGUCACUACCGUGGCUCAGUUCGAUCCCUGGCCCAGGAACUGCCUUAUGCCAUGGGCGCUGCCAAAACAAAAAAGAAGGGGCCACCCAUAGCAGCACAGUUUGGGUUGGGGGGUGUUGUUUGGGACCCAGAGCCCCAGCUUUCCUGAAGGGCUCCCUCCUGUAGCCCUGAAGCUUUGGGGUUCUGCCUCCCACCCCCACCAAGGGGCGCUGCCUCCUUCUGACGAGGGUCCGGGGCGGCUCCUCCCAGCAGGGCCUGAGCCUGGGGUGGAGGACCGGAGGCCUCGAGCUGCCUCAGUCUCUCCAUUGUGAAAGGGGUGCUUCUGGGGCCUGCACACAGGGUGAGGACAAACGGGACGCCUGGUCACCUGUCCGUCACGGUGACAAGGAGCCCUUUCUCAUGCCACCUCAGGCCUCAGCCACCGCCCCUGCGGGAGGUCGGGGUGUGGGGACAGACCCUGUUCGCAGGCCAGCGGGCACUGCACACCGGUGGGGACAGAAGCUCCGAGAGUCUGGAGGGACCGUCCGGCUGUGGUCAGCCCGCACCCUGGGCUGUCGGGGGCCCUCCCCUACCUUCUCGUCAGCUCGGUCCACUGCUGGCCACGGUCUUCGAGCCUGGACAGACGGAGGCAGAGGCCCUGGGCUGGGAGCCCCGAGGCAGUGUCCAGCACGUGUGUGGUCAGCGGGCUGCUGACGGGCUCCAUGCCUCUGCCCUAGGCCACGAGAGGGACAGGGAUGAGCAUGUGGGGCCAGCCUUGCAUCCAAGGCCUUAGAGUAAACAGCCCUGGGGGACAAAGUCCCCAAGUGCCCCUGGGUCCAGCGGGAUGGGGCUGGAAUCGCUGAGCCAGUGUAAACUGCCUCCACCCCACCAGCCACCAGGCCCUGAGCCUCUGCCCCAGAACCUUCUCCUCCAGCCCCUCCUUCCAGCCAGACAGCUGUGGGGGAGAGCCCAGCUCGGACCCCUGACUCAGGGGUCACCUUAGCCCCCAAGCAGAAAAGUCCGGGCCUGCCCCUACCCCCAGGGAGCCCAGGUGGUCCUGAAGUGUCCGCAGCCGAAGGGCGGCCCCAGAGAUCAUAUGCUUGGUGGCCUGGGGACUGCGCGAGCUGGCAGGAGGUCACCUCACCCGCCACCCCCAAAACCUUCCGGGGCGGGCCCUGCGCUGCCCGGACACCUCCCGGGCCCCACGGGCCACGUGUCUGACCGAACCCGGGGCGGAGCGAAGGCGGGGUGAGGGUGGCGGGGGAGGUCCGCCCGGAUCGCAGCCUCACCGCGGGGCCCACCGGGGUUUGCUCCGGGUGGCAGGGGGGCGCUGAGCGCGGGUACCUGCGGGGGCGCCGAGGCUCCUCCCGCCGGAAGGGGCGUGGACCUGCGGGGCGGGGCCGGGGCGGGGCUCGGGACUGGGAGGAGGUGGGGCGGGAGGGGGUGGGUCCAGCCCGGCGAGUCCUGGCUCUGUGGGGACAGGGAUUGGAUGGGCUGCGGCGGCGCCCCAGGCCGAGGUGGCUGGGUGGCGGGGCGAGGUUCUCUGAGCUGAUGCCCGCUGCCCCCUCAUCCUCUGGCCCUCGAGCCCCCCCCCACCCUGUAUGCAGACGGGGUGGUCUGAGCUCUGCAGAAAUGAGAGGGCUGGCGCGAUCUCUCAGUGUAUUCGACUUUUACCAUGCUGUGCACGUGAGCUGAUUUUGUGUAAUCUGUAAAUAAAGACAAGGGCGUCGGUAUGGAAAA